AUGGAAACUCAUGAAAAGUCGUUGAUCACCGGAACAGCUAUCAACAACCCUCCGUCAAAAACUCCCCGAACCACACAAACCUGUCUAUACCCUGCGGAGUCUGCCGUGAUCGCCAUGGAAACCCUAGGCGCCUCUACGACCAUCCUCUCCUCCUCCUCUUCUCCACCGUCGAUCUUCUCCCCAAGGAGAUCCGACGCUCCAAGACUCGUCCGCUUUCCCCUGUCUUCCAAGAAGGAGGGCAACGAUUCCGAUCUCCAAUCGGAUCCCAAAGACUCCAGCAUAGUACCCCUAUUCAACAAUCGCACUAUGUCCAAGGAUGAGGCGAUGGGAUUGGUUUUGAGCGCGGCGUCCGUUGGGGGUUGGACUACCGGGUCGGGUAUGGAGGGUCCGUCGGUUCCCGCCGGAGCCGAGGACGGAUCGAGUACGGAGAAGAUCUCGACCUUCCCAUGGUCCCUCUUCACCAAGUCGCCACGUAGGCGUAUGCGCGUCGCCUUCACCUGCAACGUUUGUGGCCAGAGAACCACUCGUGCUAUCAAUCCCCAUGCCUACACUGAUGGCACUGUGUUUGUGCAGUGUUGUGGGUGUAAUAUAUUUCAUAAGCUGGUGGAUAAUUUGAACCUGUUCCACGAGAUGAAGUGUUAUGUGAACCCAAGCUUCAAUUAUCGAGAUCCUAAAUGGGAUGAUGUUGGCUUCAAGUACCUUGAUAUAGAUGAUGAAGAUGAUAGAAAUGACGUCUUCCAGAUAUAAUGAGGUGAUAAUGAUCGUACGGAGUGGUGUACAUUCCUUUCCUUGUUCUUGGCAAAUUUUUUUUCUGUCACAUUUGUAAAUGUUCUGUUUUCAUAUUGAUAACUGUAAUUAGUAAGUUUAUGUUGGAUUCAUCAAUUGAAAUUGAUAAAAUGUAAAGCAUGUAAACAAUGUUUAUUAAUUUGCAUAAUUACUCUUAAUGUUAAUUAUUGACUCUAAUAUGUUGUUUUUGAAGCCUCUGGAAACAGGGUUAUCUCUAGAUAGCGUUGGAGAUUAAAAUUUUGAUACACAGAUAUAAGUUUGUUUGAAAAUAUGCUAUUUUUUGGUUUUUUUGUUUUGUUUUGGGUCUAAUCUUGAAGCUGCAGUUCAUUUACUUGUGGUUAUGGUCGUGGUUUUGCGUUUGUUGGGCAUAGGCUGGGUGUGGAUUUGGUCCCUCUAGACGAAAUAGCCAUUUAAUAAACAAUACAACCUACAAAUUAGGAAUUUAAUUUGAAGAAUGGCAAGUGCUUUGAGACUUAUUUCUUCUUGGGAAGCAUUCUUCUAGUGACUAUCCAACUAAGAAAGGCGUGUAGCCCUAGUCUGACUGGAUAUUCAUAUAAUGGUUGUUUCUUUGGAAGCCUAGUUUGGUCUGGCUAUCUGUAUGUGCAGCAUGAAGUUAAUCUACCAAUUUUCUGCAAAUACAUAUACUACAGGGUGGGAAGCUAUGAAUUGAUCAGUUAUUGUUGAUGUCCUGCAUGUUUGACUGGAGAAAAAUGCUUGAGAUGCUGUUAUGAUUGAUCAUGUGCUUGUCCAUUCUGCAUAAUUUUGAUUGGAUAGUACAAGAAGAGAAAUUUUCUUGAUUGAAGAAAAGUGAGGUCCUUUGUUAAAGUUUUUUUUUUUUUUUUUUUUUUUUAAUAGCUAUUUGCAGCAAUAUGGAAUCUGAGGAUUGCUUGUUGUAACUUCGUUGAGUGAUAAACUAGUAGACUGAUUAAUCUGUUUCAUGAUGGAUGUUUAGAAAAUGAUUAGGGGCGCAUGGUAGAUGAGGAUUAGUACUUAUUAGGUAUCUUGGAAGAAUGCUUCCCAAGAAUGUUACUAGCAAUUGCCUUAGCCCAAGAUUUUUGUGGCUACAUCUUGUAUCUUGGUCAACUAAUUGAAAGUUGAAUUAAGUGAAAUUGCAAUU